AUGGAACUGCCAAAUCAUGCCAAACAAUUGCUGCUGCAGCUGAACCAACAAAGAGCCAAAGGUUAUCUGUGUGAUGUAAUUAUAGUAGUCGAAAAUGCCCUCUUCCGGGCACACAAAAACAUCCUGGCAGCCAGCAGCAUGUAUUUUAAGUCCCUCAUCCUUCAUGACAACUUAAUUAACCUCGACACGGAUAUGGUAAACCCGUCAAUUUUUCGGCAGGUACUGGACUUUAUUUAUACUGGCAAGCUUUUGUCUUCAGAUCAGGUCAGCGACCACAAUUUUAACGCUCUCUUAACGGCAGCAAGCUACCUCCAACUGCAUGACCUGGCUGCUUUCUGCAGAAAGAAGCUGAAGCGCAAUGGCAGAUCCCUCCACAACAAACCCACAACCCCUACCAACGGAAGAACUUCUAAAAACCAAAGGUUGUCCUCGACACACUUCACACCAAACCAAAUUUCAGGGUUCAAAGACAUUGAAAAAACAAAGAAACAUGAUGACAUACUCAAAGAUGACUUGUCAGAGGAUGAGGGUUUUGUCAGGAACGCUCAGUGUGCAACCUCAGCGAACUCUCUUAGUCCCUCUACUAGUAAGAAUGGAAGCAAUGGACCAAUUAUCAACAGUGUUGGCCUCCUUGAGCUUGGCCUGGACCUUUCCAAAAAGAGCCCAUGUGGAAGCACAGUCACUGAAGAAGUAAGUCCCAGCAGCAUCCUACAAGAAUCGCCUCAAUCUGCCUCAGAAUCCAUAGCCAACAGUGCCUCGUUUGAUGAUAUUACCACCAACCCACAACACCUCACUAGCUCAGAGCCUAUGGAAAUGGUUGAAGAUGGAGACACUGAAGAAAGUCGUCAGCAUUCUCCAGACUCCGAUCAGCAGAAAAACUCCCAGUUAUCACAAACAAGGUGGCAGACAAAGGGUGAGCUCAACCAAGCUGCUUUGCCCAAUGGAGUCGACAAAAGGCGGAAUGUUGCUGGUGGAAAUGUCAAUCCAGACAACUCGAUCCAGUGUAAGGAGGAGGAGGAAGGCAUUGAAAAUGGCCAUGAACAGAGUGAAGAAAGUGGCCAUAGUGAGAAUGAAGGUGGACGCAACAGUGCCAACUAUGUGUAUCGGCAGGAGGGCUUUGAGCCUGCCCUCUGUGACAACCUUUAUGUCUGUAUCCCAUGUGGUAAAGGUUUUCCUAGCUCAGAGGAGCUCAAUGCCCAUGUCGAGAAACACACGGAGGAAGAGCUUUACAUCAAAGAUGAAGAAGAUACCUAUCCAAAGGAGGACGAGGUGGAAAUUGAGGACCUGUCAGCUCAGAUGGUUCAAGUACCUGGCAUGGAUUCUCGCCGCUUUAGCUGUACGGUGUGCAACAAGAGCUACAAGGAUCCGGCCACGCUUCGGCAGCAUGAGAAGACUCAUUGGCUCACACGGCCGUUCCCCUGUAACAUCUGCGGUAAGAUGUUCACACAGCGUGGCACCAUGACACGACACAUGCGCAGCCACCUGGGCCUAAAGCCAUUCGCCUGCGAGGAGUGCGGCAUGCGCUUUACACGUCAAUACCGACUCACGGAGCACAUGCGCGUCCACUCAGGGGAAAAGCCCUAUGAAUGUCAACUUUGUGGAGGCAAGUUUACUCAGCAGCGCAACCUCAUCAGCCACUUGCGAAUGCAUACCUCCCCAUCAUAA